AUUUGGGCCGAGGAAGUAUUCAAGCUGGCCACCAACGUCCUUGCGCAAAAUGCUUCCCGAAAUACUUUUUUGCAAAAAGUCUACACCCGGCUGAAACUCCAGGUGAAUCAGGAUGGGAGGAUCCCCGUCAAGAGAGCGAGUCGAUCAAACCCGAAGAAUUCACCCUGGAGGUCUUCGAACAUUUCGUCAACAAGCUUUGCCUUCGUCCUGACAUCGACAAAAUCUUGCUGGAGAUCGGAGCCAAAGGGAAGCCGUAUCUCAGCCUCGACCAGCUGAUGGAGUUUAUCAACCAGAAGCAGCGUGACCCCCGCCUGAACGAGGUCUUGUACCCACCUCUGACGCGGGCGCAAGUGCGCCAACUGAUCGCCAAGUACGAACCCAACCAGCAGUUCCAGCAAAGGG